AUGCCUUUAUCUUCUCUUCCAGCAGCUAUUUUGUCUCACAUGAUAGCUGUUAAAAAUGUGCCUCCUCCUCCACUUCGCAGUGUACCAAGCUUGAAAACGUCUAAGCACAUUAAUUAUGGUCAGUUGAAUGCAUUAUGCCACAUGAGAGGACUACAACGCAGCUCGAGUACUUGCAGUAUUGUAUCAGCUCACAAUAUAUUUAUAAAGCAAUAUCCUAAGAUAUUACUGCAAAAAAAACCCAGACUGCCGAAACUUUGCAAACAGGAGGAACAAAGGAAACCUAAUAAAGGCACAGAAGAAAGUCAAUACCAGCAGCCUGAUGAUUCUCACAAUAUAGCUGUCCAUAUUAAAAAAGCACAUGGUGGCCAUACUUUAUAUGGAUCAAAAGGAUUAGAAGAAAAGUUAGCAGAAUUCCUAGCUAUCUUAAAGAAACUGCCCAUUCACAGGACACCACAUGAACACAAAACUGUGUGGAAGAUUCUGAAAACAGUUCCAGGUUUAACCACUCAGCUAAACGAUGAGCAUCUGAAAACACUUAGUAAGAGUGUCAUUUCUGAAACCUGGGUAAAAGGCAGUACAGUGGUUGGAAAUGAUGGAUUUUAUGUAAUUCUGAAAGGCCUAGCUCGACCUCGAACAAGAGUGUAUAAAAAUCUGAUUGAAGAAAAUGGCUCAACAGUCUCUUUCAUACCUCAGAGUUGUCACAACUUUAUCAGCCCCAAAGACUCUUCUAUUUCUCAUUUGUAUGCAACUUCAUAUGACUCAAUGCUUAGACAAUGGAGUACCUUUGGAACCCUGGAAGUUAUACCUGAGAUUGAAUCAGUUGCACCGGCAUUCUCAGUGGUGACAGAAGAUGACUGUGAAAUUCUUAAAAUCCCUGCAAAGGAAUAUGCAAAGUUAAAAUCGGAAAAGAAAAAACUUGAAAGUAUACAAAAGUUAGAAUUAAUCCGUAAGUGUCCUUAUUAUGAGGAGUGGCCUACUUUAUCCAUAUAUGAGCUAAUUGCACUCAUUAAAUGGAAGAAAUUUCCUCCAGGUCAUGUGAUAGUGGAAAGUGGAAGUAUAAUUUCUUUUGUGGCUUAUAUUAAUUCUGGAUAUUGUAACAUUUAUAGAAGUAUUAUAGGAUUUGUGAAACUACAUUCAAAUAAAGUGAAAAAAACUCGAAAGCUUGUUUACAUGGGUAGACUUAAGGAGAAGGAGUCCUUUGGUGAGAUUAGUGUUCUUCUGCAAGAACCUUUCACAUGCACGAUCAUUACUGGAAGAGAGGUUGAGUUGGCAAUCAUUGAAGAUAAGGACCUAUUGGGUAGAAAAUUAGACCCAGUGACCAGGCAACUUAUGCUCCAAACAGCUAAACCGACUUAUGGCCAUCUGAAAGAUGAAGAUGUCAAAAAUGAAUAUUUGCAGAAGGAACAACAAAAGGAAUGGAAAGAUUUCAAGGAUAAGACCAUGAAAAACUCCUUAUAUUAUUGUGGAAUUAUUCCAGGCUUUGGAAAAUGGAGCCAUAACUGGACAAGCAUUCCCAGGAACCUCAAAGAUCCUCUGGUUGAAUAUUAA